AAGCGAACAACUGGCAGAAUAAGCAUACCCAAGUCGCAUCCGCGAAAACCCUGGACUACCUUUCUCAACUCGCAACUUCACUCCCGAGAGCUAUCUAACCAUGGCAAAUCUCACUGACGCCGACUGCGAGAGGAUUUCAGCAGAGCUGAUAGCCCAUUCGACGAACGGCUACCGCAACGACGACGGCUCUUUCCGUACGAACAAUCCAAAUGUCGAGGACGAUUGCCAGGAUCUCAUGCGCCAGCUACUCCCUGACCCUGCGAGUCUAGAGAAAUAUCGGACCAUUGAAAAUACCGACUUUCUUUCCGAGGACUCCCGCACGACUCUUUGUGACAUGUUGAGUACCGACCUACGCUCAUACAUCGGUCUGGGAAUGCAUCGCAAGUAUCACUACUGUCUGAGCACAGAUGUCUUACAGAUAGUCCCCGAAGAUCACGACAUUGACGAGAUGGAUUCGCGCGAGAUCCUACCUGGAUCUAUACUCGGUAUCAACCUGACCAAGGCAAACGCUCAGAGUGGCAACCGGCGCAAGAAUGCCGAGUCAGACGAAUCCGCCUCCAGCAAUUCAUCCACUGGCAACGAUGAUACAGGUUUCACGUUCAUGCAGCUGGGCAGGGUUGAUACCCUCUCCGACUCUUCGAGAAAUACCUACGACAAACUGACCCGCAAACCUGCACAGAUGCCCUGGAGCGAUUCCGGUUUCGUCCUCGUCGUGGCUAUCGAGCCGAACGGAAAGCCCGGCGCGCCAUGGCUGCUCUUCAACUUCAAGCCUGAAUCUGAGAUCGAAGGCGACAGGGUCCGUAUCCCGCAAACAGGUAGAUUCUGGGGAACUCUACUGGGAGACAACACUCAGCGUUCGGCUGUGAAGCUUGGAGAGAAAAUGAGCGAUCUCAAGGACAAGAAGCCGUGGAAUAUGACAAAGACGUUUGGGACAGAUCACGAGGUCCAGAUCGUCGCCGCGGUUCUCUCCAGGGUAACUUCCGCCAGAGGCAGUAUCUUUCGGCAGAAGGUCCCCGACGCCGGUCGCAGUGGUUAG